AUUGAUAGUUUUUCAGUGAUCAAUCUUGCAAAACGUGCAGUCCACCGGCAAUCUAUAUUUUUAAAUUUGGGCAAUAUUCUACUUGUCCUGGUUGAAGUGCUUUGCUUGGUCUUUACCCAAUGUCCGCAAGCUUUAGAUUCUUCAACCCUUGCUCUUCUACUCUCCGUACAUUACAAACCACUCAUACUAAGCGCUGUGACAGUGGUCUGAGAGGAUAAACUAUUUUGAUAGAAAAAGCAUGAGUUACAACAACUCCUCUUUGAGUUCAGGCAGCGGAACUGCUAGAAGGACUUUCGAGUUUGGAAGGACCCAUGUGGUCAGGCCUAGAGCUAACCACCAGGCAACUAUAGUUUGGCUACAUGGCCUUGGUGACAACGGCUCAAGUUGGUCCCAACUCUUGGAAACUCUUCCUCUUCCAAAUAUUAAAUGGAUUUGCCCAACUGCACCUACAAGGCCUGUAGCAACAUUUGGUGGAUUUCCCUGCACUGCUUGGUUUGAUGUAGGAGAUAUUUCUGAAAAUGCUUCGGAUGAUAUAGAGGGCUUAAAUGCUUCUGCAGCACACGUUGCCAAUCUUCUGUCAACAGAGCCUCCAAAUAUUAAACUUGGUGUUGGGGGCUUCAGUAUGGGUGCUGCAACUGCACUUUAUUCAGCCACAUGCCAUGCUUUGGGGCGGUACAGAGAUGGAAAUGCUUAUCCCAUCAACUUGAGUGCAGUUGUUGCCUUAAGUGGCUGGCUUCCUUGUUCAAGGACCCUCAAAAAUCAAAUUGAAGGAUCACAUGAAGCCUUAAGGCGUGCAGAGGCAUUGCCCUUAUUUCUCGGCCAUGGCUUAGCUGAUGAUGUGGUUGCAUUUAGGCAGGGAGAGCACUCUGCGCAAACCUUGAGCUCAGCUGGAUUCAGGAAUCUUAUAUUCAGGAGCUAUAAUGGACUGGGUCACUACACUGUCCCUGAAGAGACUGAUGAGGUUUGCAAUUGGCUGACUACAAAUUUGGGGCUUGAGGGGUUUCGGCUGAACUAGAGAAGCUAGAUAAGAAAACUGACAUAGAAGCAUCCUUUUAGGCAAUGGAAAGGCACUAUAGAAAUAGAUAGUGGUGUGGGGUAUACGUUACUUUCUGAAUAAACUUCAUGGAUCGCUAGGUUUCUUGCUGGUAGGGGGAGGACAUGGAUGAUUCCUUCACAUCCUGCAAAUUUUGUUUAUUUCGCUUAAGAUGUCCUAUGGCAGUGGAUAUGCAGGUUUCUGUGUUUUGGUCCAAAUAAAGUCAAAUAUUGGUUAAAUUUCAUUAUUAGUUUGCGGUACUUUUUCUUGGGGGUUCAGAAUCAGUUGUAUUUGUACUAGGCGAAAAGAUAAUAAAAGUUAAACAGCUAGUUGGGUUGGGCUAAAUUAAAUUUCCUUUGUUAAGGCCUAGGCUGAUGGAAACAGUUAAGUUGGGCUUCUUGAGGAGUAAAUUAGAUUUAAAACAGCGAAGAAGUUGCUAUUGAUCUCUAAUGGCAUCUUUCCAUGUUUUUGGUUUUGCUUAA